AUGGAUGAUAAUCGAUUGAAAGAAAUCGAAAGCAAUGUAUUGGCUGGUAAAACCUCGUGGAUAUACGGGCUAAAUAAAUUGGAGUUACAGACAAUCUCGGAACAUUUUGGAUUAUCGAUAACGGAAGAGACGACGGCGGAUGAGGUAAGAAAACUGCUGUCAGAUUUUACAAAAAAGAUAUACUCUGAAAACAAGGAGAAGGAGGAAUCGUUGAACGUCCUCGGAACGACAGACGUUUCGAUUAAAUACAAGGAAAUUGAAACAACAUUACCACUAGUGGUAGUUGAUGAGCAAGGGCAAAAUUUGCUAGAGAGAAAUUGGUUCGAAGCAUUAGGAAUAGAGGUUACCGGUAUAAACAACAUCACCGAACCCGAACAACACGUUACUAAAAACCUUGUGCUAGAAAAAUUUCCUUCGCUCACACAGCCGACACUCACGAGGCAUAACGGACCACUGAUUAAUAUACAACUUAAAGAAAACGCCAGGCCUCAUUUCAUAAAAGCCAGACGCAUACCUUACGGGCUACAAGAGGCGGCAAGAGAUGCUUUGAACUCAAUGGUACAGCAAGGCAUGUUGAAACCAGUAGAUCAAUCCAUAUGGGCAACACCAGUUAUAUUCGUACGGAAGCUAAAUGGAAAGAUACGAGUAGUGGGUGAUUACAAAACGACCGUGAACCCAAAAAUAAUGAAUUCGGAGUAUCCAUUACCAACAAUCGAAGAAGCAUUGUCAACCCUAAACGGAGGGGAAUUUUUUUCGCAAGUCGACCUCAAGGAUGCCUACAAACAACUGCAAGUGGACGAAGAAACCUCGAAAAUAUUGACAAUAAAUACACCAAUGUGUCUGUUCAACGUUCUACGUCUGUUAGAUGGUAUAGCGGCGGCGCCGCGAAUUUUUCAAAAGUACAUGGUUACGAUCAUGUCCGGUAUCCCUGGGAUAAAGAUAUAUUUGGAUAAUGUAAAGAUACAAUGCAAAAUAAUCGAGGAACACGAUCAAAGACUACUGGUCGUAUUACAUCGUCUGCAACAAGCAAACCUCCGCUUAAACGUGGAGAAAUCUAUAUUUCGGGUGAAAUCAAUGGAGUUUUUAGGCCAAAAAAUUUCGAAAGAGGGUAUUGAAACUCUAAACGACAAAGUGGAGGAUAUAAAGAAAAUUCCCUCACCAAAGAACAAACGAGAACUUCAAGUAUUCGUGGGAUCGGAAGUAUUGAUACAUUUCGACGAUAAGCUUCCUAUCGUACUCUCUGCUGAUGCAUCGCCUCACGGUACGAGAGCGGUACUGGCUCAUGAGUUACCAGAUCAGCGACAAAAAGCUAUUGCAUUUUCGUCUAAAACACUAAACAAGACGCAGCGGCAUUAUGCACAGUUGGAUCGAGAGGUCUUAGCUCUCGUUCAAGCGGUGAAACAUUUUCACCAAUAUAUAGCCGGGCGAAGUUUCAAAUUAAUAACAGAUCAUAAACCACUACUGGGAAUAUUUGAUAAUAAGAAAAAAAAUCCAGACAUGAUCUCGCCAAAAUUGAAUCGAUACGAGAUGAUACCAUCGGCGUACGACUAUGACUUGAUCUAUCUACCAGCCAAAAAGCAUGGGAACGCCGAUAUACUGUCUCGUUUCCCCAUGGCGGAGGAGGCCGUUGAAGAUGAAAAAGUCGGAGCGGUACUAAUGCUCGAGAGAAUCACCAGGAAUGCUAUCACACCAGAAGAGCUAACGGAGGAAACACGGAACGACAAUAAAUUACGAAAGAUAAAAAAAAAGCUCCAAACAAAAUGGCCUGAAAAAAUCGAGCCGGACUUUCGAGUGUUUUGGCAAAAAAGGGAAGAACUGUCGAUAAUAAACGAAUGUCUGACUUGGGGAGCACGAGUAAUUGUACCGAAGAAAUUACAACCUGAAAUAAUAAACUAUUUACACGCGAAUCAUCCGGGAAUAGUUGCUACGAAAGCGUACGCCCGAUCGUACGUUUGGUGGCCAGGAAUAAACAAUGACAUCGAACUGAAGAUAAAAAAUUGUGGUAAAUGCCAAGAGGUACAAAAUAACCCGCCUAGAGCGCCAGUAAAAACUUGA